AAGCGCAGUUUGUUGCGAGGGGAUCAUCCUUGGUUGGAAGUCGUUUUGAAUACUUGGCGAUUAUCUACGAAGAAGGUUCGAGCUUCCAGGAUUUAUCCGGCCUGCGACGAGGAAUCUCGUAUCUCGUUUAUCUCGAGGCACAGCCAACGAAAGGAUAUAGACCCCGGGAGUCCGUAUGGACCAUUGGGCUUUCUGAGUAGUGGCCGUUUCCACGUUUCCUCUUUUUCUCUCCAGCACAGCCAUCACAGAUUACGAUGCCGCCGCGAAAAUCUACGUCGUCCGUCACGCCCGCGGAGGCGGAUGAGGUGACGGCGACGCAGCAGCAGCUCAAGGCGCAGGCGGAGGGAGGUGUGAACGUCGAGGACUAUCUCCUCCCUCGAUCCGUCACGCUUCGACUCGCCAAAUCCGUCCUUCCACCAAAUACAACAAUCCAAAAAGAUGCCGUGCUCGCUAUCCAGAAAGCAGCGACUGUCUUCGUCAACUACGUGGCUUCGCAUGCCAACGAACACACUCUAAAACGCACCCUAGCACCUACAGACGUGCUCUCUGCCCUCUCAGAACUCGAAUUCGACUCUCUCCGUCCUCAUGUAGAGCGCGAACUCGCCAUGCACACCGAUCUCGCCAACAACAAGCGCAAAGCCAAGAAAGCCAGCGCGGAACAGACCCUUUCCCAACAAACGCAAGAACAGACCGAAGGAGGAGCAGCAAAACCCACACCUGCAGGAACAGCAGAGGAAGCUUCAAAAGAAACCAAAGAGAAAGAGAAGGAGAAAGAUACCGUUCCGACUCGUGGGACAAAGCGCGUAAAACGCGAUGGUGAAACGGAUGGAAAACAACCCGUCGAAGAUGACGAUGAGACGGAAGAAGAGGAAGAGGAGGAGGAGGAAGAAGAAGAAGAAGAAGAAGAAGAAGAAGAGCACGAAGAGGAAGAUGAUGAUGAGACGCAAGAGGAAGAACAAGAAGAUGAGGAGGAGGACGAGGAGGAAGAGAGACGGAAUGAUAACGAGCUCGUGGAGGAUCUUGAUGGAGAUUCGUCGCGGCGACGACGGAUGGCGAAUCCGGAUGCGGUGGAUUCGGAUGAGAGUGAUUAUGAUGAUGGUCCGGGGGCGCAAUUGCGAGAGAAUAUGGGUUUGGGUUAAUGAAUUUACCGAGACAGAGGUCUCCGGUGCAGUUUCGCGAUCGAUCUAUCUAUCUAUAUCUACGUAGUUUUGAGUAGUGUUUGGUUGUCCUCUUUUCUGAUUCUACGAUGGAAAAAGCACCCUGACCAGUGAGAGUGAGAGCAUGCGGUUGUAUUAAUAUGACAUUCAUAUCCGUAUCCAUAGCAUAGCGACUUUCGCAGUUCGCUCUUCUAGAUAACACACACACACAGUUCGUAAAACAGGUCGAGUAGCCUUUCUGUACGGGCGGCAGUGAGGCAAAAGAAAAAAACGGAACACGUUUCCUCGACACCGCGGAUAGAUGCGUCAAGAGGUAGCCGCAAGACUUGUAUGAGGGAUAAUUAACACAAACACA